AUGCAUUUUCCCAUCAUCGCCAUGAUUAUCACCACCGCCUCCCUGGUGGCCGCCGACUCAACACCAGGGUUGUGGUCUAAGUGUGGCACCUGCAACCCUAUCUCAGGCGAGAACCAGUGUGACCCGUCGACCUCGUGCAUCAACACGGGUACAUCCUUUCACUGCGCCUGCCGUGCUGGCUUCAAGGCGUCUGAGUAUAAUAACGACUUGUAUCAUCAGUUCCGUCUGCCGAUGCCGAACUAUGAGUUUCUUGUUUUCGUUCCUGAGAACACGCCUUGCAACACCCAGUGUGAUGAUCUGUGGGCUGCUCCUUCUGAUCUUUGCAAGGAGGUCGAGCUUCAAUGGCAGUGCGUGGCUUAG